AUGUGCGUCACCCAGCCCUGCGUCAUGGUGAAACUGGUUGUGCUGUUCUCUGGAAAACGGAAAUCUGGGAAGGAUUAUUGUAGCAAAAAGCUAAAGGAUGCGUUAUCUCCUCUACAAGUGUCUAUAUAUGCUGUCUCACACAGUCUGAAGGCUAUCUAUGCUCAAGACCACGGUUUGAGUUACUCUGAAUUGAUUUCCGAUGGUCCCUACAAGGAGAUUCAUCGUUCCAAUAUGAUCAGAUGGGGCGAAGGAAUGCGUAAUGACCAACCGGAUUUUUUCUGCAGAGCCACCAUUCCCACGGACUGUACUGAUGACGUAGUAAUAAUUUCGGACUGCAGAAGACCAUCUGAUAUUGAAUACUUUCAAAAUAAUUACCGAACAUUGACUGUACGUGUAAACUGCAGUUACGAGGAAAGGCAACGGCGUGGUUUUGAAUUUGUCGAUGGAAUAGAUGAUAUGCCUUCAGAAUGUGCACUGGAUCAUUACCCACAUGAUCUGGUAAUCAUAAACGACAAUUCCACUGAUCUAGCAGAUCAGCUUCAGAACGUGGUUGAAAAUGUAAGGCGGGUUUUAUCGUCAUAA